AUGUUUGAGUUGGUUCAGGAAGAUGGGUAUAUGCUGUCACACAGCCAACUCUAUGUGAUCCACGCAACUGGUUGUUGCGAAGGUCCCAAUUCAUCAUUUGCCUUCUUGGGAACCUGGAAGCUGGUCUCCAGUGAAAACUCUGAGGAUUACAUGAAAGAGCCGGGAGUGGAUUUUGCAGCCCAGAACGUAGCAGGGUUAGUGAAGCUGACAGUAAGUAUUAGUGUUGAUGGGAAAACAAUGACCAUAAGAACGGAAAGUUCUUUCCAGAACACUAAGAUCUCCUUCAAGCUGGGGGAAGAAUUUGAUGAAACCACAGCAGACAACCGGAAAGUAAAGAGCACCAUAACAUUAGAGAAUGGCUCAAUGAUUCAGGUCCAAAAAUGGCUCGGCAAAGAGACAACAAUCAAAAGAAAAAUUGUGGGUGAAAAGAUGGUAGUGGAAUGUAAAAUGAAUAAUGUUGUCAGCACCAGAAUCUAUGAAAAGGUGUGA